GAAGGGGCGGAGACUGGAGCGCGCGUGCGCAAUGGGUCGGGCCGCGAGCGAUGCUGCUGCGGUGUGUAGCCGUGGGUGGCCGGGCGGCGGCCUCAGCUUCCCUGUGCUUGGGGCCAGGCCGACUCGCCAGCUGGGAGCGGUGCCGCGGGCUUCCUGGAGGCGGCAGCACUCUGCACAGGUACCCUGCCUGGAUCCUGGUCUGCGAAGGCCUUAGAGAGUUCGGGAAGGACCAUGGGGAGGAGGGCACCAGGCAUCCUAAGUCCUCCCUGCCCGGCGGGAGCACCUCGGAGGCCCUGUACCCCCCGCCACCUGAGCUGCAGCCCCCCACAAACUGCUGCAUGAGCGGCUGCCCCAACUGCGUGUGGGUGGACUACGCAGAUGCGCUGCUGCAGCACUACCAGGACGGCGGGGAGCGGGCCCUGGCCGCCCUGCAGGAGCACGUGGCCGAUGAGAACCUCCAGGCCUUCCUCAGGACGGAGAUCCAGCUCCGCAUGAGGAGCAGAGACUGAGCGGCCUGGCCGGCAGCUCUCCCCCGGGAGCCCGAGCCCUGCCCAGCAGCACGCGGCCCCUCUGUCCCGGGCGGCCUCGUGGGGCUUGGGUCGGUGGGAAUCGACUUCGCCUGAAAAUAAACAAGCUCCCUGCUGCCGAGA